GUCUGCUUGAUGGCGAAGGCGUCUGGGAAAAGAGCAGCGCAGUACUUCGUCAACAAACACAGUGACUUGUUUGGCCACAACGAUGCCCGCCCACAUAUACCCGGGUUCCAGCCCCGGGCCCAGGGCUACAAUGUCAAUGAUGUGGGAGAGAAGGCCCUGAUGGAGCGUGUGGACCGCCGGGCAGUCAGCCAUGCAGUUGAGGUGUAUGACAGAAUGAGCGAACAAGGCCUGAAGUUAUCACAGGAAGGGAGGAUGCGUCUACUUGAGCUACUCUGUGCAUACCAGUGUCAGGACCCUGUACAUGACAUCUUCCCCGAGGAGAGGUUGGCUCAGCCAGACAACAGAACAACCAGGAAACACAUGGAUAAAGCAAUGGAGGUAUUUGAAGGGAUAGAGACAAGAACAGCCGAUACAUACAACUGGAUCAUACGAGGUCUUGCACAGGCAGGAGAUUCUAGAUGCUGGACAUUGUUUGAAGAAAUGGAGGUUGAGGAAUUCACAGCUGACCUUGGGACGUUCAAUGACCUCCUCAACCAGAUGGGUAGGGAGGCCUCUACCAACAGGUCAUUUGACGAAGUCAAGAAUGUUCUGAAGAAGAUGACAGCAGCGGGUGUGCGGCCCGACCUUGAGACGUUCCAUGGCAUGCUACGGUUUCUGAAGUGCCUGAUGCCAAAGGACGGUUACCUUGGUAACAAGGUUGUGGCUAACGUACGCCAGGUCCUAGCUGAGAUGAGGGAGUUGGAUAUAGAGCCUUCACUUGAGACGUGGUCACUUGUGCUGGACACCCUGAUAGUUGUGAACAAGGAAUCUGGAUUCUGGUCAACAGUACAGAGGAACCACGAGCCUGCCAAAGACAUCCUGGAGAUUGUGGAGUAUCUUAAGAAACAGAGCCCUGAGAAAGUGGUGAUGGACCACCUAGGAGAAAACUUUUUCACAAAAUCCAUGAGCUAUUUAAGUCGACGGUACAUAGUAGAGGCAGCCAAGGUCCUGUUUGAACUGCGAGAGUCCAUGGGACUUAGAUAUGUGACCACAGACCUGCACAUGGAGAACAAUUACUAUGAAGCGUUCUUUCUACUUCUGAUUAAAGAAGAGACCCUGGAGGUUGCCAUGGACUACUAUGUGAAGUACAUCCGCAAUGGGAGACUGACUUCAUCCACCAAUUAUACCCGCUUCAGACUCUACAAGGAGAUCUACAACAACAAUGCCUACCACUGGAUACCCCUCAUAUAUGCAGACCAGAGUGCAGCUGGGAGUGCAAGGUUCUUGAUGUUAGGGGAGGAGAUUAUGGAGAUGAUGUCCAGGAAGGAUGUACCUCCUGAGCUUCAUCAUGAUUUUGAGACGAUUGCAGAUGAGUUUUUAGAGAGGAACAAGCAGGUGUUCAAUGUCUUCAACGAUGUGAAGAGACCACACAUUGUCAUGAGCUACCACAUUAGGAUAUAUGUGAACUUGGGGCAGCUACAGAAAGCAUGGGAUGUAGUUAAGGUGUACACUUCCAGAACUCAGUUCUUAGGAUAUGACCUGAUGCCAUUAGUGCUCAAAGAGCUGCUAGAGAAGACAGCAGAAAAUCUUGAAUUUGAGCUAUUGAUGUACCUGGUUGAGAUGGAUGCCAACUACCGGCCGAUGUUUGUCAAGCCUAUGGAGGAGUUGCUUGUCACGUACGGGGACCUGUUGGAGACUAACCUCACCAAAACCAAAAUGGAUGAACUGAGGGCCUUUAUCAAAAAGUCACAGUUUUAGACACUGCUAGACCCUAUGAUUUGCAUGCUUGGAACUAUUACUGCCUAGGGAUAAACACAAGACGAAUGCCAGCAACCUCUAUUUGUGCCAACUUGAAUCCUUGUGGAACUUUGUGCAGACAAGCCAUAUGUUGUAAAAUACAAUACAUUAACUGAUAAAAACGAUUAAAAAUCUAA